UUUUUAUUUACAUACUUGAUCGAUCUUGCUAUAAUUUUAAACGAAAUUUAAGGUUACAAUAUCUUACUAUCGAAAACACGUGAAUUCUUAAGAAUUUUUAAGUACUCUUAAAGAUAACUACAUAAAUAUAUAUUUAUUAGAUCAGGUUAUUCCCUAAAAGAAUAUUUCCUGUGGAAACAUUUAAGUGAAACUUGAAAAAAACUUGUUUAAAAAAAGAAGUAAAACGUGUGAGUAGUGCCUUUCACUACCACCACACCACUACCUCUCACCUGUUAUACUCGAUUUAUCAAUACUUUCACAAUAUUUUUGAAAUGUGUACACAAUUAUAUCUCAGGUGAAGAUGUUUUGAUAAGAAUUCCUAUCGAAUUAUUACGAAAAUGAGAUAAUAAAUCGUUUAUAAGCCCACAAUUAUUCCUAGUUUUUUUUAUACGCAUUGCGAUUACAUAUAAUCGUGUGCUUUUAUAAUUCCAUCGUCAAUAUUUGUUAUACGUUUUUUAUUUUCAAAUAAAAUGUUUUCUUUAAGAAAACUACUGUUUAACAAAUCUACAUUAUUUAAUAAACAAUUGCACACUUCGAAUUUAUUAUACGGUGCGAUUAUAAUAGAUGGAAAUAAAAUUUCAAAUCAAAUUAAGGAGGAAUUAAAAAAAGACAUCAAUGCUUGGGUAAGUGUAGGCAAUAAGAAACCAAAGUUAGUAGCUAUUCUUGUAGGAGGGAAUCCUGCCAGCCAAGCUUAUGUUAAAAGAAAAAUAGAAUCUGCAAAUUUCGUAGGUAUAGAAAAUUACACAAUUAAUCUUGAUGAAAACACAACUCAAAAAAUGUUACUGGAAAAUAUAAAUAACUUGAAUGAAGACCCAUCGGUAGAUGGGAUUAUCGUGCAAUUACCAUUGCCAAAGAAUCUCGAUGAGAAAGAAGUGUGUCAAGCAAUAUCAUCCAAAAAAGAUGUUGAUGGUUUUCAUUUAGAAAAUAUAGGAAAUUUGACAUUGGAUCGUAAAGGUAUUAUACCGGCAACUGCAUUGGGUGUAAAAGAGUUAAUAGUAAGAUCAAAUGUUGAAACCUUUGGAAAGCAUGCAGUUGUGAUAGGAAGAUCAAAACAUGUUGGUUUACCAAUAGCUCUGUUACUACAUGCGGAUGGUGCAGGAGAAACGGGUGGAUUAGACAUGACAACGACAAUUUGCCACAUCAAUACUCCUUCUGAACAAUUAAAACAAAUGACAAGACUUGCUGAUAUAGUAGUAGUAGCAGUUGGUAUUCCUGAUUUAGUUACAGAAGAUAUGAUCAAACCUGGAGCAUGUGUAAUUGAUGUUGGAAUUAAUAGAGUCAAAGACAAAAGUAGUAAUAAAAAUAUCCUUGUUGGAGAUGUGGAUUAUGAAAAAGUGAAAAAGGUUGCAGGAUAUAUAACACCUGUACCAGGUGGUGUAGGUCCUAUGACGGUUACAAUGUUGUUAAAAAACACAUUUACAGUAGCUAAGAAAAAUUCCGAAAAAAACAAUUAGAAAAUAUUAAUUUCGAAAUAAGAUGAAUGAUUAUUAAACAGUAAUCAGAAAAUAAGUUUAUAUAGCUGAACAUUUUAUAAUAAAGUCAUUCUAUUUACACAUGAAACUAUUUCAAAAAAUAUAGAAAUAUACGUUCAAAUUUGAAGUACAAUUGCGACACCAGCAAGAAUCCACUUAUUUGGUUUGUCUCGAGUUCUUAAAUUGAACGUCCAAACGUAAGUUGGACCACGACUUCUUGUUUUGUAAACUGGACAUUCAUACAUAUUUUUAAGAUCUUGCUUAUCUUGUGUGAUUGCUCUAAUGUAUACUACUGGCAUUAAAGGAAACAAUUCUUUUAAACGUG